CUGCAUAGAGACGGCUGUGUUUGUAGUGGGUUGUUGUUGUUGUUGUUGUGUGUUUAUUUUUUUUUUAUCCACCUCAUGAGAAGCGUCCAGAAAAGCAGACUUUAAUUUAAACUUUAUUAAAGGUGUUGAGUGCAUGUAGGUUCCUGCAGAGCACGUGGUCUCUGAGCUGUUUAUGAUCACACCUGAGACAAAGUGAGAUAAUAAAGAGACAGGAAGAGAUGGAUCAUCUCCAGCUGCAUGUUCCAGACGCACAUCACAACUAUGACACUUCGGAGGAUGAAGGAUUUCAGACGGCGCUGAAACAGAGCAGUUUACUGCACGUCUCUCCCACUAAAGGGCAAUGUAAGGAAAGUGGAUUUCAUAAAAGUACAAGAUUAUGUCUCCAUGCCAUUCGAGAUGCUAUUCUCCAUCAUCGCUGGCAAGAGGCUGCUCAAUAUUUAGAAGUUUACACUCAGACACUGGAGGACACCACGACCAGCAAGCAGUCAGUAGCCUGUGAGAUUAUUUGGAGACUCGGCACCGAAGUCCUCCAGCAUCAUCCAAACAAAGACCUGGAACAUUUUAAUGUUCUGUACGAGCGGAUGAAAAACACUGGAGUGAAAAAUUAUGCUAAGAUCUGUUUGGAGCACACGUUCCACCUCCUGCUGAAUGGCCACAUUCACAAUGCCAAACAGCAGCUAUCAGUUGCAAUGAGCUGGAGGUACGGCAAGCAGUCUGCAAGUCAGUCUCUGGAGUUAAAGCUCAUCCAUGCGUACUGCGGCUUUCUGGAUUAUUUGGUCUGGUCUACGAAGAGGUCGUCCGUGUCUGAUGCAGAGGAAUCGGGAAAUAACCGAGAGAUGCACAGCUACUUCAGACAAGCCUCUGUGACCCUGCAGGAAAUCAUCAAACAGCCAGGAGUCUGGGACCCUUUCGUAUGGGGUUGCAUCGAUAUGCUAGAAUUCUACAACGAUGAAGAAGAAGCUCUACGGUUACUGCAAAACUACGCCUAUAACAAGGAUUAUCCAUCAAACCCCAAUGCUCACAUUUACUUGUACAACUAUCAGAAAAGACAUAAAGCUUCACCAGACCAACUUAUUAGUACUCUAAAGGUGCUGCACUCGUUGGUUCCCAGUCACGAGCUGAUGCUGGAAUAUUGCGCUCUGUUGAUGAAGUCAGGAGAACAGAAAAAUCUGCAGCAUGCUCUUAGUGUUGUUAUGAAGCUCCUAGAAUACGCCAGCUGGAAGACUGAUGUGAACGCGUGGAUGUGUCUGCUGGAGGUUCUCAAAUGCCUUGAAAAGAAAGAGCUUAAGAAUCUUAUAAAAGAAGAGUGGGGAGGAAGAAGAGACCUCUGGUUGAAAAUGCAUUAUAAAACCUUCCACAGCAUGAAGGAUUCUAAAGAGAACACCAAACUUAUGAGAGUCAAACUCAAAGUAAUGCAACUCUUAGGCAUAUACAGUUCGGUCAUAUAUUCAUUCCUUUUCCUUCCACUUUACUUGGUGGGGGUCACAGUGGCAACAGGCUGAGAAGGUCAGUUCAGACUUUUCUUUCCCCAGCCACAGAUUACAACUCCUUCUGGGAGAUCCCAAGACAUUUCCAAGCCAAUUAUGAGAUAUAAUAUCUCCAGGUCUGCCUCUCAAUUCGGAGGAGCUGUGGCUCCUUGGCUCUCUUGGAUUGUUGAGCUCCUUUCUCAGAGAGUAAGCUCUGCAACCCUCAGGAGGAACCUCACUUCCACCACCUGUGGUCAUGAAUAUUCAUCACCCACAGCUUAUGACUAUAGGUGAGGAUAGAGGCAUAGAUUGACCUGUAAACAAAGAGCUUAAUCUGCAAGCCGAGCUUCUGUUUCAUCACCUCAGACCACUACAGUGACUGCAAGACUGCUGCUCAAAGUGCUCUUUUCAUCACUCAACAAUAUCCUCAGUAGAGUUCAACAAUCCCCUGUACCUGAUUAGCUGAACUUGCAUGGCGUCACUAAGUGCUGAUCAGCUGACAGCUCUGGCUCUCACCUAUCAGUUAUCAAGUCAUGAUACAAUCACAAAACUGAUCAUUGAACUUUGGCCCAAGGGACUCUGGUACCAAGUACACUUGUUUUCAAACAGAGUGUUUCUUAUUAACAAUCUGUGGCUUGUACAAGAGUCUAAUAACAUGUCACUAAUCAGGUUUAGAUCUGGGAGGCCAUUCCUGCAAAUAACACCACUCUGAGUAUCAUCGCCAUUCCCAACAUGAGCACUGAAGUCCCCAGGAGAACUACGAAAUCAGUAUUGAGCAUUUGCCCCACUUUCUUCAAGAAGGCUGAAUACUCCAAACCUGCUAUUAACACCAGUCUAACCCGAGACUGGAAAUCUCAUGGAGAGAACAUGCCACUCCAACUGCAAGGCCCUCAGACUGGGACUAGUGAGUGUCUCCACACCCACCUGAGACCUGUCUCUUAUGGGAAACCCAGAGAAGGAAACAGACUACCCCUGAUCCGGACCAUUCCAUCUCACAUACUGACUCGGGCAAUGUGACAUUCUGCAUUCCCAAAGCCAUUCCAAGGGUCUAGUCCAUCACCUGCCUGGCUCCUGACUGCUCCUGACCUCACCCCUCAUAUUACGAUAGGUCUUUGUCUGAUCUGUUCACCACGGGUGGCCCUACUGGGAGCUUUAAGCUCCUGGGGCCCUAAAAGUUCACUGAAGUACACAAACACCUUCACCAUGACAACUUCUCUGAGCUCCUGAGCUCGGCUUACUGUCUGUGUGGACUUUCUGUGCAUGUACUGAACAAAACAAACAAACAAAAAAAAACCACCAAUACAAAAACACAAAAUCACUGUAUUUGAAAAGAAUCAACUCGAUUUGAGCUCUGCUGAAAAACCCGUGGUCUGAAUUUUAGAUGGAAAUCCGAAUACACAAAUAACUUGCACUAACUAUAAAGGCUUAAAAUGUUCUGCAUGGAGCGAGAUCUCUCUUCAGGUGUUUCCCGCCGUGUUGGACAUUAAUGGAAGAGACUCAGUGCUGUUAUUCUUGUCAGGACUGAUGUCACAAAAAAUUGUGACAUCAAAAAAGGUGCCAGUAAUUUUCAAAACAGCGUUUUAUAGAAACAGUUGCACUAUUUAAAAAAGCUGAUUGUGGGCUCCUGAGUGGUGCAAUCGUGACGAUGCCACAACCAUCUGUGGCUGUCCAAGAGAACAGAAUUGGCCAUGGGAGGGAAGGCCGACUCUCUCCCUGGAGAAAAAAAAAAAAAAAAAAAAAAGCUAUUUGUUAACCCAAAACAAUUAAAUAAAAUGAACGUGUCCCUGUAUGUUUAAGCUCAAAGUAUUAAUUAUCGUAUGUUCUGGAGAGCACUGUAUACUCGUGUAUUAUUGCAACAUACUCU